UCAUCCCCCCCAAAUCCUCUGCCCAGGGUGAGAAGAACAGCGUGGACUGGGGCGACCUGAACUUAGUGCUGCCAUGCCUGGAGUACCACAACAACACCUGGACGUGGCUGGACUUCGCCAUGGCGGUGAAGAGGGACAGCCGCAAAGCCUUGGUGGCACAGGUGAUCAAAGAGAAGCUGCGCCUGAAGCCUGCGGCGGGCGCGGAGGCACGGGGGAAGCUGGAGAACAAAUCGGACGGGACCAUCCAGCAGCAGGAGGAGGACGAGAAGGCACGGCUGCUCAUCGGGCUGAGCGUGGGCGAGAAGAACCCCAGCAAGAAGUCCAUCUUCGGCAGGCGCAAAUGACGGCAGCACCCGGCAGGCCGGGAAGGGACUGGGGUCGUCCCCCGCACUCCCCGUACCAAAGGGGCAGCCCUAUAGCAGGGGGGGGACCGUGCUGCUGCUGCCCGAGGCGGGGGGCAACCCCGUUGCUGUGGGGCCGGGGCGCAGCCGUGCUGGGGGCCGCUUUGUGGGCUGCAGCCCCCUGUCCCCCCCCCCACCUCCUGUGCCAAAGGUCUCGCCGGCAUCCCGCCUCCUUGCUGCGCGGGUGCUGGCCCUAGGGCCCGGCGAAGCAGCGGGAUCGCUCCAGGCUGGGAGAAAGGGGAACAGGAGAGAAGUUUAAAUAAGAGUUUUUAAUUUGGAACAGC